AUGGCUUUUCUUGGACUCUUCUCUUUGCUGGUUCUGCAAAGUUUGGCUUUAGGGACCGCUUUCACUGAUGAAACCAUUGCCGAGUUGUCAGUGAAUAUGUAUAACCAUCUUCGAGCCACUGGAGAAGAUGAAAAUAUUCUCUUCUCACCAUUGAGCAUCACCCUUGCAAUGGGAAUGUUGGAACUUGGGGCCCAAGGGUCUACCCUGAAAGAAAUCCGUCACUCAAUGGGAUAUGACAGCCUGAAAAAUGGUGAAGAAUUUUCCUUCUUAAAGGAUCUUUCUCACAUGGUAACUGCUGAAGAGAGCCAGUAUGUGAUGAAAAUUGCCAAUUCCCUCUUUGUGCAAAAUGGAUUUCAUAUCAGUGAAGAGUUUUUGCAAAUGAUAAAGAAGUAUUUUAAUGCAGAAGUCAAUCAUGUGGACUUCAGUGAAAAUGUAGCUGUGGCUAACUAUAUCAAUAAGUGGGUGGAGAAUAACACAAACAGUCUGUUGAAAGAUUUGGUAUCCCCAAGGGAUUUUGAUGCUGUCACUCAUCUGGCCCUCAUCAAUGCUGUCUAUUUCAAGGGGAGUUGGAAGUCACAAUUCAGACCUGAAAAUACCAGAACUUUUUCCUUCACUAAAGAUGAUGAAAGUGAAGUCCAAAUUCCAAUGAUGUACCAACAAGGAGAAUUUUAUUAUGGGGAAUUUAGUGACGGCUCCAAUGAAGCUGGUGGCAUCUACCAAGUGCUGGAAAUACCAUAUGAGGGAGAUGCCAUCAGUAUGAUGCUGGUAUUAUCCAGACAGGAGGUCCCACUGGCCACACUGGAACCACUGGUUAAGGCACAGCUGAUUGAAGAGUGGGCAAACUCUGUGAAGAAGCAGAAGGUGGAAGUGUACCUGCCCAGGUUCACAGUGGAACAGGAAAUUGAUUUAAAAGAAGUUUUGAAGGCUCUUGGAGUAACUGAAGUUUUCAUCAAAAAUGCAAACCUGACAGCCUUGUCUGAUAACAAAGAGAUUUUCCUUUCCAAAGCAAUUCACAAGUGCUUCAUAGAGGUCAAUGAAGAAGGCUCAGAAGCUGCUGCUGCCUCAGGAAUGAUUGCAAUUAGCAGGAUGGCUGUGCUGUAUCCUCAAGUUAUUGUCGACCAUCCAUUUUUCUUUCUUAUCAGGAACAGGAGAACAGGUACAAUCCUAUUCAUGGGACGAGUCAUGCAUCCUGAAACCAUGAACACCAGUGGACAUGAUUUUGAGGAACUUUAA